GGGUGGUGCCCUCUGUAAGAAGAAAAAGAAAGUUUUAGUUUUCUUUGCGCUCUGAAUUUACUCCGUACGGUGGAGUGGGGGCCGCACGGCCAAGAUCGUGGUUUCGGGGGAGUGAAGAAUGGAGAAGAGGACAUACUCUUCUCUGCCCGUCUUACCUGUAGCAGCAGAGCCUUCGCGGAUUGGAGGACUUGAAGAUGGAAGAGCUGGUAUAGAGUGAAGGCUCUAGAAAGGAGUGUUUAGCAUUUGCCCAGCCUGAUGCUGGGGUGGAGAGAGAAGGGGCCUCCGUACUCAGCAGCCUGGAUGCUGUCACUUUCUUGGUUACCGAAGAUGCCCUCGUAUGAAAGCGUUUCUCAGAUUUGUGGACAGGAUGGCUGAUAUUAACCUCAAAGAAAUAGCCUUAAUAGUAGGUGUGGUUACCGCCUGCUAUUGGAACAGCCUCUUCUGUGGUUUUGUUUUUGAUGAUGUUUCAGCAAUACUGGAUAAUAAAGACCUGCAUCCAUCUACACCUUUAAAAACUUUAUUUCAGAAUGACUUCUGGGGAACCCCUAUGUCUGAGGAGAGAAGCCACAAGUCUUACCGUCCCUUAACAGUAUUGACAUUUCGUUUAAAUUAUCUGUUUAGUGAACUGAAACCAAUGUCAUAUCAUCUUCUAAAUAUGAUUUUUCAUGCUGUGGUUAGUGUGAUAUUUCUUAAAGUUUGCAAACUUUUUCUGGACAACAGGAGUAGUAUGAUUGCUUCUUUACUUUUUGCAGUGCACCCAAUACACACAGAAGCAGUAACAGGUGUUGUAGGAAGAGCAGAACUUUUGUCCUCUAUCUUUUUUCUAGCUGCAUUUUUGUCAUAUACCAAAUCAAAAGGACCAGAUAAUUCCAUAGUAUGGACUCCAAUUGCCUUGACAGUGGUUUUAGUUGCUGUUGCAACGUUGUGUAAAGAACAAGGAAUAACAGUUGUGGGAAUUUGCUGUGUGUAUGAAGUAUUUAUUGCACAAGGGUAUACUUUGCCAUUAUUAUGGACUACUGUUGGACAGUUUUUCCGUGGAAAGAGUAGUAUUCCAUUUUCUAUGCUGCAGACACUAAUAAAACUCAUUGUUUUGAUGUUCAGUACACUAUUACUUGUUGUGAUUAGAGUCCAGGUUAUUCAGUCCCAACUUCCAGUAUUCACCAGGUUUGAUAACCCAGCUGCUGUAAGCCCAACUCCUACAAGGCAGCUAACUUUUAACUAUCUCCUUCCUUUGAAUGCUUGGCUUCUAUUAAAUCCUUCAGAACUCUGCUGUGAUUGGACCAUGGGAACAAUACCACUUAUAGAGUCAUUUCUAGAUAUUCGAAAUCUUGCAACAUUUACUUUCUUUUGCUUUUUGGGGGCGUUGGGAGUAUUCAGUCUCAGAUACCCUGGUGAUUCCUCCAAGACUGUUUUAAUGGCACUUUGUUUGAUGGCAUUACCAUUUAUUCCUGCAUCGAACCUUUUUUUCCCAGUUGGAUUUGUUGUUGCCGAGCGAGUAUUGUAUGUGCCUAGCAUGGGGUUCUGUAUUUUGGUAGCCCAUGGAUGGCAGAAAAUAUCAAACAAAAGUGUAUUAAAAAAGUUAUCCUGGGUUUGUCUGUCUAUGGUGAUAUUCACUCAUGCCUUAAAAACACUCCACAGAAAUUGGGAUUGGGAGUCUGAAUAUACAUUGUUUAUGUCAGCCUUGAAGGUAAAUAAAAAUAAUGCCAAAUUAUGGAAUAAUGUGGGUCAUGCUCUGGAAAAUGAAAAGAACUUUGAGAGAGCUUUGAAAUACUUCUUACAGGCUACCCAUGUUCAGCCAGAUGAUAUUGGUGCCCACAUGAAUGUAGGAAGAACUUACAAAAAUUUAAAUAGAACCAAAGAAGCUGAAGAAUCUUACAUGAUGGCUAAGUCACUGAUGCCCCAAAUUAUUCCUGGUAAAAAAUAUGCAGCCAGAAUUGCCCCUAACCACCUAAAUGUUUAUAUUAAUCUGGCCAAUCUUAUUCGAGCAAAUGAGUCCCGGCUGGAAGAAGCAGAUCAGCUGUACCGACAAGCUAUAAGCAUGAGACCUGACUUCAAGCAGGCUUAUAUUAGCAGAGGAGAAUUGCUUUUAAAAAUGAAUAAACCUCUCAAAGCAAAAGAAGCAUAUCUUAAAGCACUAGAGCUGGACAGAAAUAAUGCAGAUCUUUGGUACAACUUGGCAAUUGUUCAUAUUGAACUUAAAGAACCAAAUGAAGCCCUAAAAAAUUUUAAUCGUGCUUUAGAACUAAAUCCAAAGCAUAAACUAGCAUUAUUCAAUUCUGCUAUAUUAAUGCAAGAAUCAGGUGAGGUUAAACUCAGACCAGAAGCUAGAAAACGACUUCUAAGCUAUAUAAAUGAAGAGCCACAAGAUGCUAAUGGUUAUUUCAAUCUGGGAAUGCUUGCCAUGGAUGACAAAAAGGACAGUGAAGCAGAGAUGUGGAUGAAGAAAGCCAUAAAAUUACAAGCCGAUUUCAGAAGUGCUUUGUUUAAUUUGGCUCUCCUGUAUUCUCAGACAGCAAAGGAAUUAAUGGCUUUGCCAAUUUUGGAAGAGUUACUCAGACACUAUCCUGAUCAUAUCAAGGGUCUUAUCUUAAAGGGAGACAUUCUGAUGAAUCAAAAGAAAGAUAUACUUGGAGCAAAAAAAUGUUUUGAAAAAAUUUUGGAGAUGGAUCCAAGUAAUGUGCAAGGAAAACACAAUCUUUGUGUUGUUUAUUUUGAAGAGAAGGACUUACUAAAAGCUGAAAGAUGCCUGGUUGAAACAUUGGCAUUAGCACCACAUGAAGAAUAUAUUCAACGCCAUUUGAAUAUAGUCAGGGAUAAAAUUUCCUCAUCUGGUUUUGCAGAACAGCCAGUAUCCCCAGCUGGUAAGACUUCAGGUGUAGAAGGAGACAAAAUUCCAACUGAAAAUGUAAAAGAAGUAAGAAGUGAACCUAGACCUACACAGAUCAUAAAACCAAGUGAUAAUAAAAGUCAAUCUAAAUCCAAUAAACUAUUAGGAAAAAAUACAGACAAAGAGACCCCCCACAAAACAACAAAGGAAAUCAAAGAAAUUGAGAAGAAAAGAGUUGCUGCUUUAAAAAGACUAGAAGAGAUUGAACGUAUUUUAAAUGGUGAAUAGCAUUAUUUAUCAUGUCACAAUGUCCUCAAAGAAGUUCAGUCUAUCUUAUGUGAUUGCUUAUUCUGGGAGCUUUGAAAAAUAGCACGUAUACACGUAACAGUCUAUCAUGAGCUGCCUCUACAUAGGAUCAAAAUGCGAUUUUCAUUAAAGACCUAUCUUACCCCAGGGUAUGUAUUGUAUAAGAUAUGACAGUUUUCUGAGUUUUGGUGACUAUGGCAGAAAUAUUAAAUUACAGUUUGCAAAUUUAUAUCUUUUAUACGGAAGGAAGAUUUCUUCUGCAGAGUAAUCUUGACUACUCUCAAUUAAAAAUAAUCUGAAGCCUGAAUGAUAGUCCCUUGUGGGCAAAUUCAACAUAUGCUGGUUUAUUCUAUGAAUUUGCAUUUAUUAGUUGACUUCAUUACCUUCUGUUGGAAUCUGAUUAUGGAUUGAAAACGCUUAUGAACACAUUCUUUUUUCUUUGGUAAUUUCUGUUUAACCGAGGGACUUUGCACUACAAAAGAAUACUGGCUUCCUUUAUAUUGUAUUCUUUUGUUGAUUUUUAGAAGGAAAGCCAGAUGAAACUUCUUAAAAUAAGUCUUAUGACAUGUUAGCUUAAGAAUGUAUUUUCAUAAUUGUGUGCUUUGUCCUUAACUUUACUCUGAAAUGCAGCUUUUAAUCAGGUAAAGUUUUAAGUAUAAAGAUACAUAUACACAACGCACAUUUCUAAUGGUGCUCAUAUAUACUGUAUUUGUAUUUUUUUACAUGCUGAGAGUUCCACAGCAUGAACCACAUAAUCAUGACUAUCUUUGAAUUUUUACUCCCCAAACUAUUCAUGUUUAUUAGGAUCUUAGUCAUACUGAAAAGUCCCAGUAACUAUAACUUUAAACCUUUGAGUUAAAACAUAGUUUCUCUUUCAUCUUAGUGUUAUUUCUCUAGUGUUAUUUGAAUUUUAAUUGUUCCAGAAACACACCUUAAUCAUUCUUAGAUACCUUAAGCAACUAAAUUGAGUUCUGUUUAACUGAAGGCAAAACAAUAUGACAAAGUUUAUUUUUAAACACUAAGUUCUUGUUAUCUUCCUAUGGUGUAUAUUUUUAUUAAAUAUUUAUUUUGACUACUGAGCUUUCAUAAAAAUUUUAAAGCUGUUUAAAUUCCAUCAACUAUGGAAAACAAAUUUCUAUUACAUUUUCCUAUAUAUGCAUAUAUUACAAUUCAACCAAAAUUUCAUCAUUUUGGCCUGCUCCCCAGCUAUAAAAGGUAAUUAGCCUUGUAUAGGAUUAAUAGUCAGUUGGUUUUAGCAAAUUUAAACCUGAAAACUGUUAAGUUGAAGGGUAGACAUAAACUUAUUAAUUUAUCUCUGACUUUUUUUUAGUUAAAAUACAUUUCAGAUGAGUUUUAUAAUACCUGAUAAGUUGGUUUUAAUUUAAAAUGUUAAAGCUCAAGCUAUCAUCCUGGGAUAGUAACUAAUUUCUAAUUAUGCAGAAUUUCAAAAACUGUAUUUCUGUUCCUUUAACUAAUUUCUAAUUAUGUAUAUUUGAAAAAUCAUAUUACUGUAAGUUUUUAUAAAGAAAUAUUUUAUAAAUAGGUCACAAGGAAACAUGGUCUACAUUAAAGACCCACUCGUACUAGGUUCCCUGAGGUUGUGCCAUAAAUUAUUUUUUAGGCAAUUUAAAUCAAGCACUGACACCAAUCAUAGUUCAUUUUUGAUUUAGAGAUUCUGUUCAGCAUUAAAGCAAUAUCCAGUUUCAGUUUUUAAAUUACGGCUUUGUGACUCCAGAUAUAAGAUGGAGAAUACCUCAUAUACUAUGACUUGAAAAACGAAAUCUAUGUUAAUCUUAGGUUCUGUCCACAUAUCUUGAGAAAAAGUUUCUGAGUUUGAUCUCUUCUGUUAUACUAUCAAGUGAAGAUAAAUCAGAAAAGUAGAAGGGAAUCUUUCGUGACAGCAGAUCGUAAUAAACUUUGAGUAGUAUUUUAAUAAAAUUAUGUAACUAUUCAAAAGAUAAAAAAUAUAUUGUUAUCCAAUGACUUUUAUAGAAAAAAGAAUUGCUCCUUAUUUGCACUUAGAACAAUGCCUAUCAUGUAGGAAGUGCUCAUAUUUGAAUUUUAAAUAUUUUAUUUAAAUCCACCCUGAUUAGUAAUUUUUCCAAAUUAAUGUUCCUCAACCCUCACUUCAUAUUAGAAUCAUCUGGAGGACUCUUUAAUAUUGACCCCAACCCACAAUAAUUUAAUCUGAAUUUCUUAGGAAGGGAGCCAUGUGUCCAUUUUCUUAAAGUUCUCAGAGUGAUUCUAAUUUGUAGUCAGGGUUAAUGAUCACUGCUCUGAAUUAGUUCAAGGAAAUCCUCUUAUCUCUCCUAUACUAACUUUUUAAAUUACUAUCAUAAACCAGUAAGUUUUGAUGUUUUAAUGAAUAUGCUCUUCUGAUAACUAGUAUUUAUUUUACCUUAAGUACCAUCAAGCUUGUUUAUGUGAAAUUGAUUAUUCUCUUUAAACUCAUAGUAGAAAUUUUAUUCAAGCUGUUCAAAUGAAAAAAGGUAAUAGAUUUUUCCCUCCGCCUUGGAACUGCCUUUUGGGGGAGGUGAAUGGUAGGGACAUUUUAACCCAGCUCACUAACCUACAGUUCAGAGUUGUGAGCAUCUGUAUGUUUGGAAAAGAAAGCAUAUUAUUGCUUUGUGUGCUGGUAAAGGGAUGUAGUUUUGGUUCUCACUGUUUGCAAAAGAAUCUAUUCCCUAGGAGUUCUAGAAAAGCUUUGACAAUCCCCAAGGGGCAAUUAUAUUACUUUUUCACUACUUCUCAGAAGGAAGAAUUAAAUUUUUCUCUUACUGCUCCUAUAUGGAUUUCGUUAUUAACAUUCAGAAUUAGGAAUUUUAUCUUGAAAUUAUCCCAGUAAGUAAUUUCAUGAAGCUAAUGACUCAGAGGAUAAAACAAUUAUGUUUGCAAUUUUGUGUUUACUUUUAUGUAAAUAUUUAGUAUGUGAAUUACACAAUUCUAAUAAAACCUCAUGCCUUUUCAUUACAUCUAAUUUGAGCUCUCAACUUCAUGUUACAGAAUACUUCUUUGAAGAUGCUUUAAUGAAAACUAUUAUGAAAAUAUAUAGAUUUGUAUGUCAGUUUCUACUUCAGAAAUCCAUAUAUUUGUCAUAUUUAUUUUUUAAAAAACCUAAUUAUUUGCAUGACUAAAUGGUAUUUAAAAUGAACCCCCCAAAAUAUCUGGUACCUUUGUCCAAAAUUUUGUCUGUUAGGAGCUGUCAGCCAUCCAUGUUAAGGGUUUAUAAGAAAAUAGUUUAAAAUUAUAUGCAUUUUAUAUUACUGUCGUGUCUGUGUGUACCAUAUUUCUAAAUAUUCAGUAUAAAAUUGAUACUUUUAAAACCUUCACUUGAAUUGCCUUUUAGUGUUCAAAUGAAAAGUAAAAUAGUGUGUCAAGAGAUUUCUGCCUCCUAAAGGCAGAAGAGCUGGUGGAUAGUUUUAUUAGCAAUGAUCUGAGAAAGGCAUGUGUUAAAUUAGUUCCAACAGUGAUACAUUUUUAAUCCUUAAGUGACAGAAACUAAAGAAAAUGAGACAAUUAAAUUCAAACAUGGAAUUUUAUACACAUAAGUAGAAGUCACUGUAGUGAAAUAAUUAGGAGUCUAAGUUACGUAUCUGUCUGGAUUCAAAUCCUGGUUCCACCCUUACUAGUGUAGCUUAGGGGAAUUAUUUAACCUAUAAUUCCUUGGUGUGUGUGUGUGUGUGUAUCCUAUUGUGUGUGUGUAUAUAUAUAUAUACGCACACACAAUUGUAUAUAUUGUAUAUGUAUAUAAUAUAUAUUAUAUACACACACACACAAUAUAUCCUACUGUAUAAGCUGGCAGGUAUCUUUGUAACUAUAAAUAGUGCAUGCUCAACCAUGUACAUUGUAAAUAGCCUUUAUCAAACAUGUUUGACAAGGACCUUCAUUAACAUCACUUAGUAAAUUGUGAUAAACAAAAGCCAUGAUUUAUUUGAUGUUAUUGGCUUAAUUUUUUUUUCAUGUGGCACCAAGAAUGAAAUGGUUUACAGCUAUAACCAAGCUGUAGUACUGAUCUGUCCAUCCAGUGUUGUCUUUAUUUUGAUUGUGAUUUGGUAAUAUUUCAUUGUCAGAUUGGAAAACUGAAAGAAAAAAAACAGAAUGGUUUUAGUUUUGCUGAAGACUGACCUUAUUAAUGGACAGCUUUCCUAACAAGUGAUUAUUAGCUUUUAUCAGGUAUUAACAUCUGUUUCAGAACAUGGCAGUAUGUUUACAUGUCAGAAGUUUUGUUUAACUCUGACUUUUCUGAGUUGAUUUGUUUAAAUAAAUUCAGCAAAUGGAAAAUAUAUUUAUAUUAAAUAUAUUAAUAUAUUUAAAUUGUUUAGAAUAGUUCUUGGUAUAUAGUAAAUGAGAGAUGUUAAUUAUUAAUCUAAUCAUAGGGCUUUGGUAAGUAGUAAAUAAUAGAUGUUAAUCAUUAAUGUAAUCAUAAGGCUUAGGCUUGCAUUUGAUGCAUAUGAUUUGCUUUUAAAUGUGUUAGCAGAGAUAAUGUCAAUGAUGGUCAUAUAGCAAACAGAUUAUUAGAUAUUUAAUAUUAAUGCUUGUUCCUUAGCCAUCUAAGCCAAUAGGUAUAUAGAUAGCCUAAAAUAAAAUCUAUUUAUUGAAUAUUAAAUUUAUAAAUCGAAUAUAAUUAUUAAAAUGCAGAAAUGAGAACUCAGACACCUUAAAUCUAUAGUACCUUGUUCUUUUGCUAUUCACUGCCAUCAGGGAGGUAGCAUAAGAUAAAAUAUUAAUGCCUAAAAGUCUCUGAAGACUUGAUCUCAGGUAAAUUCAUGUCCUUUGGAAUCUCCUUUCUUCAUGACUAACAUUUCUGUGACUAUACCAAUGGAUAGCAUAUUUCCAAUCAAGUAGUAUUUUUUUUAAAGAUUUUAUUUAUUUGAGAGAGAGAGAACACAAGCAGGGGGAGCGGCAGAGGGAGCGGGAGAAGCAGACUCCCCACUGAGCAGGGACCCUGACGUGGGGCUCAAUCCCAGGACCCUGGGAUCAUGACCUGAGCCGAAGGCAGACACUUAACCAACUGAGCCACCCCGGCACCCCUCAAAUAGUAUUUUUAUUCUAUAAGAACCUGAUAACUUCAAUUUUUACCUUAAGCAGAAUACUCCUCACCAAACCAUUCUAGUUUGCCCUUUCUUAAAGAUUUUCAUGGUUAAAACUCAAGUCUUCUUUACUCCUUCCUUCCCCCAUUGCUUUAGUUUCUGGUAUUAGGGACGUCAUCUGAUUAAUCCAAACUAAACUACAAAUGAUAGGUGGUAGAUCUUGUUAGUCAUCUCAACAGUUAACUCAAGUGCAUCUCUUUCUUUGUAAGUUGCAAGCAGUACGGUGGGAGUUAUUUGAGGGAUGUAGAGUUUCUCCACCAUUCUGCCUAUCUAAGCAAAGAAUUGAGAGAGACCACAAAAAGGCUUUGUAACUGCAAGAAGGCCACUUCUGACCAGAGUCCUGUUUUUGAUGGGCACUGGCAGGCCAGGUAACUGCCUUUUGGGAGUGAAAUCAGAGUAAUCAAACUGUCAACACUAUUGGGCAUAAGUCCAAUUCUGCUAUCUGUAAAGUUAAUUCCUGGGCAUUGAGUAUACAGAUCUUGUUUGAUUUACAAUGGAAUUACAUACCAAUAAACCCAUUGUAAGUUGAAAAUACUGUUAUUUAAUACAUCUAAUGUACUGAUCUGGGAUCAAGUCCCACAUUAGGCUCCCUGCUCAGCGGGGAGUCUGCUUCUCACUCUGCCCCUCCUCCUACUCAUUCUGUCAAUUGCUCUCUUUCAAGUAAAUGAAAUCUUAAAAGAUUAAAGGACUAAUAUAUAGCAGUAGUUAAAAUGAAUGUAAAAUAAACCUAACAAGCUCUUAGAGUUCAAUUUUUUAUGUUUUAGUUAUAUUCAAUUAAGUUUUAUAUAAUACUUACUUAUUUUGAAUUAUAAAUAUAAGGUCCAAAAACAUUGUCUAUGAAACACUUGUAAAUAGAAAAGUCAAAGUAAGUCAGAAAGUCUUAAGCAAUCCUGGGUAGCAAUUUUAAUACAUGAAAAAACAGUUCAUGCCAAAAGAAAAGGGAAAAUGAAUGAUGAAUACUAGUAAAAGGAAUACUAGAAUAAGAAGAGAUGUCCAUCUUUUUUUUUUUUUUUUUAAGAUUUUAUUUAUUUUACAGAGAGCACAAGCAGGGGGAGCAGCAGAGGGAGAGAGAGAAACAGGUUCCCCAAUGAGCAGGGAGCCCAAUGCAGGGCUCUAUCCCAAGACCCUGGGAUCAUGACCUGAGCCGAAAGCAGAUGCUUAACCAACUGAGCCACACAGGCACCCCAGAAGAGACGUCCCAUCAUAAAUAUGUGUCAACGAUACAACCUAAAAAUAAGCAACAACAAAUAGUACAGGGAAAUAGAUAAAUCAGAAAUUAUAACUGGAGAUUUUAACAAAAUCCUCUGAGAGAAUAAUGGAUCAAGCAGAGAAAAAACCUGAAGACCUAAAUAACCUUGGAAGUAUUAAAUUUAUAUAGAUUUCACUUCACACAAUAUGCAUUAUUUCCUAGCACAUAAGGAAUAUUCACAAAAAUACUCUAUAUAUCAGACCAUAAAGGAAACCUAAGUAAAUUCCAAGACUAUACUCUUUGAUAAGAAUGCAAAUAUUCAUAGCAGCUUUAUUCACGGAACACAGACUGGAAACAACCCAAAUGCUCAUAAGCAUAUAAAUGGAUAAAUUGUGAUAUAUUCAAGCAAUGAAAUACUCUUCAGCAAUUAAAAAAAAAUGUACUUUUGAGCAAAAAGAAGCAUGCACAAAAGAGUACACUAUAUAUGAUUUCAUUUAUAUGAACUCCCAGAACAGACUAAUCUACUAUGGAUAUCUUUGCAGGAAUAAAGGAAGCCAAAGGAACUUUUUAGGGUGAUGGAAAUAUUCAUGGCCCAGUAAUUGCACUCUGAGGUUUAUUGACAAAAGAAAUACAUCUACAGGUGCACUAAAAGAUAUAAGAAUGUUCUUAGGGUUAAUUGUGUAAGCCCCAACCUUGAAGUAAUCAAAAUACUCAUGAAAUUGGGGCACCUGGGUGGCUCAGUUGGUUAAGCGUCUGCCUUUGGCUCAGGUCGUGAUCCCAGGGUCCUAGGAUUGAGCCCCGCAUCGGGCUCCCUGCUCAGGGGGGAGUCUGCUUCUCCCUCUGCCUCCCCUCCCCCUCCUGGCUUGUGCUCUCUCUCUCAAAUAAAUAAAUAAAAUCUUUAAAAAAAAAAAAAAAAAAA